CCGUCUGACAAUUAGAUUUGCGCCAGCUGGUGGGCGUGGAGAGUACUGUAGAGGGCGGUCACAACUUGUGACUGAAGUACGCAAUAUCUUGCUCAAUUCGCUCGCUUGUUGGAAAUACAACUUCUUGUAAAAUUCUGCAGCUGGAAGCUGAUCUCGCAUGGAGAUAUCCCCCAGUUGAAGGUGGCGGUGUCUUGGCCUGUCUGAACUGUUAUUUCAACGCAAGUAACAGAGGGUAUUGGGCGGUAGCUGGAGAACGGUAGAGAGUGUGACCUGUUUUGGUUGGUACUGGCAGAACUGUGGUGUCCUAAUGUUGCCUUUCAGCUCUCUGCCACCAAAAGCCUUUGUGAGUGAUGAUGUCUGAUUUGUGUUCCCAUCUCGUUGAAUCUGAUUAUGCAGUGUCCCAAGAUUAUGACUGCAUUGCGCAGGCCACUGGGCCUGUGGCAAGCAACCAUGAUAAGGAUGAAAGAACUGAACUGACCCAGAAAUCCAUUCAGGCUGAAGACAAGCAGACAGACUGCCUCCUUGAGACUGAAAGUGUUCCUGAACACAGUGUUCCACAGACUGCAACUGAGCAGUUAACUGUAAUGCCACCUCAUGAACAAGUGGAGCCCUCACCAUCUUCCAGCUCAAGCAGUUCCUUUGAGAUUGUCGAUAUGGAUCCUUUGAAACAGCUCUAUGAGCCAGUAUAUCCUCAUUGGUUCUACUGCAAAAAAUUAGAUUCCCGAGACACCUGGGUUCCUUUCAGCAGAGGCGAUUCACAGAAACUGGAAGAAGCUUUCCUUUCAGGUCAGGACCCUAAUAAGAUAGUUGUUGCCACAGAUGGAGGGCGCUUUGAUGUCUACUUGGGACAAAGAAUGCGCUUUCCUGUCUACUGGGAGCAGGCUGCUACAGAAGUAAGACGGUGCAGCUGGUUUUACAAGGGAGACAAGGAUAGCCGGUACAUUCCAUAUACUGAAGACUUCAGUGAGCGUUUAGAGGAAGCCUACAUGAUAGCACUGACACUCAAUGAAUGGAAGAUGAGGAUUGAGUUAUCUUCUUCGGAAAUGGUUAUCUUGCACAACCCAAAGCUGAUGGUACAUUACCAGCCUUUGGGGAUUUCGGAUGAGUGGGCCUCCUCACCUGCAGAAAACAGCCGCCAAAGAACUGUUAAAAGAGCCAUAGAGAGCAUUUCUGUUGAAAUUCCUCCUGAUGAGCCUUCUCAGAUUGAUCAUUUGAUGUUCAUGAUUCAUGGAAUUGGACCAGCCUGUGAUCUUCGUUUCAGAAGCAUCAUUCACUGUGUGAAUGACUUCAGGUCUGCAUCCUUAAAUCUGCUGCAGACCCACUUUAAGAAAGCCCAAGGAGAACUGAAGAUUGGCCGAGUGGAGUUUUUACCUGUAAACUGGCACAGUGUGCUGCAUGGAGAUGCUACAGGUGUUGACAAGGAUAUUCAAAGAAUAACAUUACCAAGUAUUGGCAGGCUUCGAAAUUUCACCAAUGAAACCCUUCUGGAUCUCUUUUUCUAUAACAGUCCAACCUAUUGUCAGACAAUCGUAGAUACUGUCGCUUCUGAAAUGAACCAGCUCUACGUGAUUUUUCAGCAAAGAAAUCCUGAAUUUCAAGGAGGAGUUUCUGUUGUUGGGCAUAGUUUGGGGUCUCUGAUACUUUUUGAUCUUUUAACUAACCAGAAGGACUCCAGCAAAAGUGACAACAGAAGUGAAAAGGCAAAAUCAAGAAAUCCCUGUACAGAAGAGGCAAUCCAGACUUUGCCAGAAGUUUUGCAAGAAUUAGGACUUUCUGAAUACAGUAAUGUUUUGCAGAAGGAGAAAGUAGAUUUGGAAGCUCUAAGAUUAUGUACAGAACUUGACCUGAAGGAGUUGGGAGUACCUUUGGGCCCACGGAAGAAAAUCCUAAGUUUUGUAAAAAGCAAAAAAAAUCGAAAGGUAAACACCUGUACUGUGAAUCCAGUGCAACAUUCAGCACAAGAGUAUGAAGAGAAUGCCACUUUGGACUCUGUACAGCUGACCAUUUCCCAGACAACAGAAGAGAAAGAAGACAGAGAUUUACUACAGCCUUUAUUAAGUAGCAGUGUCAGCACAGUUGAUUAUGAAUAUUUUGAUGUGGGCAUUGGUCAGGUGUCCAUUAACUAUCCACGACUCCUGUUUAAACCAGAUGCGUUCUUUGCAUUUGGCUCCCCUAUUGGAAUGUUUCUCACUGUCAGAGGACUGAAGAGAAUUGACCCAAACUACAGCUUUCCGACCUGCAAGAGCUUCUUCAACAUUUAUCACCCUUUUGAUCCUGUGGCAUAUCGAAUAGAGCCAAUGAUUCUACCUGACACAGAGAUUGAGCCCAUGCUGAUUCCUCACCAUAAAGGCAGAAAGAGAAUGCAUCUUGAAUUAAAAGAGAGUCUGACCAGGAUGAGUGCAGACAUAAAGAACAAUGUACUGGGCUCACUGAGGAAUGCUUGGCAGUCUUUUACCAGAUUUCAGAUUCCAGCACUGCCACCACAGACAGACUGUGAUGCUACAAUGCCACCUCAGCCAGAGCUAGAAAAGGAGAGAAAAGCUGAAGUGAGAAGAGUGGUGGAAGACACCGUCAGUACCAAAGAAAAGGAAGAAAUGGAUAUAAAAGUUGGAAUGUUGAAUGGAGGGCGCAGAAUAGACUAUGUUCUUCAGGAAAAACCAAUAGAAAGUUUUAAUGAAUACCUAUUUGCACUCCAGAGCCACCUCUGCUAUUGGGAAUCCGAAGACACAGCUCUUCUACUUCUUAAGGAAAUUUACCAGAAUCUGGGCAUCAUCCUGGAACAUGUCCAGUAGUGUCUGCAGGAUUAGACUGCAAAUUUCCAUUCUGAAUAGUGGGGAAAAAGUCUUUGAAGUCAAGUUUUAUAUAUUUGCUGCUACGCUGGACUAAUUUUAUGUUGCAUCCUAUGAUUUUGCUGCUACAGAAGCUUCAGACUACAUUUGUUUCAUAAACAGAAGGCAGACUUUCACACUUAGCACAUAAGUGACUUUUUUCAUUUAAUUGAUUUUGGGAUGCAUCGUUGCUGCUAGUAAUCAGCUGACAUUGUAUUGCAUUGGAUGUUCCACUAAAAGUAUGCUGACAUACAAAGGUUUAUUUUCCUUUCUUUAUAGAGAUUAAACAGACUGCUACAAUUUUUAAUUCUACGUCAUAGUUCAUCUAAAACACUUUCCAGCUCAUGUCAUUGUAAAUGCAAGUAGCAUUUGAGAUAUCUCAUCAUGUACCGUUACAGCCUAUUGUUCAUGUUCUAGAGCUAAUGGAUUAUAUAUCUAUAUGUAUAGAGAGAGAAAGACCGAUACACCUUGCUUUGCUUUUUUUUUUUUUAUUUUUUAACUCUUUUGUUUCUGUGUUUGAAACAUCAAUGCUCAGCUGAUUACAAAUAUCAGUCCUUUUGUUAGAAUUAACAAGUUAAACCUUUUUUCCUUCUCUGCUUUCACAGUGCUGCUAAAUAUUCUGAGAAGCUCUUCUGCAUCCAGACAUAUCACAGUUAUUAAGAGUAUUCGGCAGCUGUCAUAGCAUUAAUAAUGAGUUGAGUGUGAACCUAAGAAGGGAAGUGGGCUGUGAGUUAAUUAUCUGCUUCAAAACUGACAUAAAGCAAGGCAGUCACUAGUACCCCACAAUAUGCUGUAGACAUUGAUAACUAAGCAUUCCUGGGGGUGCCAGAAGUUUUUUUCUGUGGGGAAGUCCUGCAGAAAUUUAAUUUAACAUGCAGUUCUCAAGUAAGGAUGUUGGAGUAGCCCCUCCUUAUGCUAUUCCAGUGCUUCUGAAGUCUUCCAAAAUGAAAGUACCUGACUGCUUGCCCUCAGUACUCCACCUUUUUUUUUUCCUUUUGUCCUAAACCUGGGGGGACUGAAGUCUGGAAAGUUAGCAUUUUCCUGUUUUGGUUAGGAGUAUGUUAAAAAUGUUGUUUCUUUUAGUACUGAGUGUCUGGCAAUCAUGGCUGCAGAGCUGUGGGAGAAGGGACUUUACAAGUUUAUUCUGAAAACAGUUUACUAAUCACCCUGAAGUUCUUUGGCAUAGUGUUAUACUUUCCUGAUCAGGAUACAUUCAUUAACAGUAGAGUCUUCAGCAUAAACAUUGAACCUGUCGGGUCUAUAUUGCGUCUGCUAAAACCCCUUUCAGUGAACGACUGUUCGCCGAACGAUAACCAGUGAAAUCUAACUCCCUUGAACUGCCAUUCCAGCAAAUUUUUUCCUAGGGGAAAAAAAUGCCUGGCCAACCUAAAACCAGACAAAAUGUAAAACCCUUCAAAGUGUGUGUGGGUGGGCUGUGCCCCCCACCCCAACUAAAUAUACCAACUCUGAGAUCGCACUACAGUGAGGAAAAUGGCAAAUUCCUGAUGAUGGCCAAGCGUUUUUUCCCCUAGGUGAAAUUUGCUGAAAUGGCCAUUCAUGGGAGUUAGAUUUUGCUAGUUAUCGUUUAGCAAUGAGCCAUUCGCUGAAAGGGUUUUUUUUGGACAUAAUAUAGACCCAACCUGUCAAUAGGUAAGAACAACUCAAAUCACUUGAUUUGCUGCUAUGAUACUGCAUACCCUGCCUAACCUCUGGCUUUAUUUUCAGUUUUGUUUUUGAUUACUGUUUCUUUCAGCAUUUUGGUUGUUUGAAUUCUAUUAAUUUUAUUCCUUCCUAUGUUGUCAGGCAUUCCAUUCUAUCAUCUUUAUUAUAAAUGAAUGAAGUCAAACAGCAGCCUCAGGGUAAAGGUACCUUCGAUGUAGAUAUUAACAGCAAUCCUCUUCACAAAAACACAUCAAAGUACCAUCACGACUCCACUAGAUACAAAUCGCACAAGGCGUUCCUAUCGCCACACCUUUGGUCUGCAAAUAGUGUUUAUCACCAUACAGAAAAACAUUGUUCUCCAGAAUCAAUUCAAGUAAUGUCAUACACUUCAUCAUUAUAUCACUACUGACAUUUCUUGCACAUAGCAGUUGUCUUAAAUACUCCAAACCUUCAUCAUUAGGUAUUGUGAAUUAUCAUUUAAAUGCACAAAACGUUAUAGUGUAUAUGUCUGAAGAAGGGUUGGUUAUAACCCGAAAGUGCUUAGCAUUUUAUCUGCCUGUAAUAAAAGGAUUUGUAUCUAGUGGAGUCGUGGUGGUACUUGAUGUGCUUUUGUGAAGAGUUUAUUAUAAAUGAGUAUUUCCUUGUGUUUCUCUAAGCCUGCCUCUGUAUAACAUUGUAAUUUGUUUAUAACUAGCAUUUUAGGGAAAGUGGAAAAUGUUUAUUCUACCUUGUUUCAUAUACUUGGUUUAUUUAAAAUUUAUCCCAUGUCAUCUAAGUGGUAUGUUUUAGGAUCUUUGAGCAACCUUUACAGGGCUUGUGAUGCACAUCUGCUGCUGUUUAAGUUGCCCUCCUCCAGAUUAUUCCAUUCUGUGUUUGUUAGCGAUAUAGUCUUUAGAACUGAACAUAGUUUCCCAGUUAAGUUACUUUGUCUGUUUUUUUUUAUACACCAGUAUCUCCAUCUCCUUCCUUCCUCCUGCUAGCAGUGCUCCCUCCUUUGCAGUCUAGCCUUUCCUGAUGCAUAGCUAGUGCUAGGUCAUUAGUGGUGUUGAUCCCAGUUUCCUUUUCCAUCUAAGGAUGAGACUUUCUUCAACAUACUGGGCUUAACUCUCUUCCACUUUUAAGUGUGUGCCACCUGCUGGAAAAAGACAUUUUAUCUUCUGAGCCUGUAUACCUUUGACAGUAAGUUACUUGCAAAAACCUGGUUUGAUUCCUGAUGUUUGCAGUGAAGUACCACUCAUUCCUUUCUUAUAAUGAGCCUUGCGUUCCACUUCCCUAUAAUGCAUGUUUGGCAGCCACUUCCUUGCACUUCUUUAUGAAUCUAGAGUAACAUUAUUCAACAGAAUUUGCACAUAAAGCAUGACUUGCAGGAUUCAUUUCUGGAAAGAAGCAUUUUUCAGGAAUAGUCAUUUUCUUGAGUUUGCUUCCAUUACCAGAAAAGCAAUGCACUUUUCAAAAAGGCACUUUAGUGCCUGAUAUCCCCAUACACCCCCACUGUCUUAUUUUUCUUCUAAAGGUCAAAUAUUAGCAGAGCAGGGAUUCCAGUUGUAAAAUAUUCUAGAUAUAUUGUCAGUAGCUCUAAGUACAGUUUAUUGAAAAUCUGGAUUUAUGUUGCCACUUUCAGUGUCGUACAUGAGCACCAGUAGUCUUCAGACAAUCUCUGCACAGUUACAUGAGUGGAAUGAAACUGCACUACAAAGCUGUGCCACAGUAUAGUGCUGUCAUGUUUUUAUUUAUUUUCCUUCUUAUAAUACCUUUAUGUAACAAUAAUGCACUGUAGUAGGGAUGUGGGCAAAGGAUAUAUUUCCCUCCACCAUGUUUAAAAGCAGCUAUGCCUUAUGUUUGUGUAUCUCUUGCAUCAUCCUUUUUUUUCACAACAGAUUAAUGCCAUUCUCUAAUGUCUGUUUCUCCAGUGGUAAACAGCCCUGUGCCAGCCUGAUUUCAUGAAGUGGGAAUGCAGAACCACUGUUGUCUCUAAGUGUUUGUGCAGGACUUUGAGUAUAGCUAUGGUAUCCCUGAGGUUCCACAGCAGACUUCAUUACUUUGCUUGCUUUCAGUCAUGCAGGUUCCUUCAAGAGUAUUUUCCAUAGAUUGACAUAUGUGUAGUUCUGGAUGUCCUGGCUGAAGUCACUGUUGUAGUAUUCUUUACAUAUGAGUUUUCAUCCACUGAUGUCCAGCCAGUGCCAAGGUACUUAAGCUUUACCUUCUCAGGGGCAUAUGUCCAAUGCGUGACCACAGCUCAUUUGUGUCUGGGUAUAUAGGUGGAUAUAUGCAUGAGUUCCUCAGACUGUCUUGCCACCAGCCCACACUCAGUUGUUGCAUCUGUCGGACUGAUCUGUGUUAAGUUGUUGGCACCACUGCUUCCCUUGUUUGGGUUUUAAAUAAGUGCCCCAUUGGGGAACCUUCCUUUUUUUUAUUUUGGACUGCGUUUUAAAACUUUUUUUAGAUGUCAGCUAGGAAGGGGGUAUGUGCGAGUGCAGUAGGCAUUUUCUGUACAAGGACUUGCACACUAAGUGCCUUUUCUGUUUAGGCCCAGAACAAGACUACAAAUCCUGCUCUGUCUGCUAAUCUUUCAUUCAAAAACCCUUAGGUCGAUUUUUUUCUCCCUUAGCACAUUCCUUGAAAUGCAGCUUCUGAAGCACCUGGCCAAAGCAAAGAUGGCAGAAUACCCAGCACCCAACGUCACUCUUCAGCCCAAGGAGAAACUCAUGAUUUGCAGUCUAACAUAUCUGAGUAAGAUAUUUUCAUGUAUGUCUCAGUGCUUGUUUUCUAUUGGAUGUUUUGAAUGGUUAAUUGAUGAUGCUCUUUAUUUAACUGUUGAGUUGUUUUAUUACAUUUGGUCUGAUGAAACACAGUGAAUGUGUGAAAGCGCUUACCUCUUCAAUAAAACUGCUACAAAUUGUAUUGGUUUUA